GUUGGCAAUUCGAACGUGACGGCGAGAUAUGCUAUAUAAGAUACCAGGCGUGGGAGUGUUGCUCACUGGCAGGGAAAUAGGGAUUCGGGAAAUGUCAGCGAACAUCAAAAUGCUACUUCUCCUUUGCACGUUGCUGGUUUUGCCGUCAACGCCCGAAGCUUACAUCAGUGCCCCCCCCUCCUCCGACGGCCUCCCCGACGGGCAUAUCCCUCAGCCAUCAAAUAUCGUCGCCCACGAAUACCCUAGCACCCCUACAGGCAUCAUUGCACACGCCGCACCCGACUUCAAUGCCCCAUCCUCCAUCAUACCCCACGGUGUGCCCGACGUGCAUUCCCCUUCGAGCGUUAUGCCACAUUAUCCCCCGGACAUGAAUAGCCCCGUAGAGAUCAUUCCUCAUUACCUGCCCGAUAUGUCCACCUCGCCGACGCAGGUAAUCACCCACGGCCACCCAGACCUGUCAAAGCCAGCGCAGGUCGUGGCACAUGCCAUGCCUUACCUGUACAAAAUCAUUCCUAACGGCCCGCCUUAUCCUCAUUCCGUCAUUCCACAUAGCGCUCCUUAUCCUGGCACGGUUAUUCCUCACGGUAUGCCUUAUCCCCAAGCCGUCUAUCCACAUGGGCCUCCGUCUCCUGCUAAUGUGAUUCCUCAUGGGCCUCCUUACAUGCCUCAUCCUCCAACUCCUUAUUAAUAUUAUCUCACUAAACAAAACAUUUAUAUACUAUAUAUAUAUCAGCUAAAGAUGAUUUUUCUUCUUGCGAAUAAACAUUAAAUCACAUAAA